UAGCAACUCGGAGGACUUAAUUCGGCUCCUCCUCUUGCAGCUUCCGGCCAGUCAGAAUUCCGCUUCCCGUCUGACAUUGGCGUCUUUGCAAAGGGUCACAUUGAAGUAACGCUGCUCCGGGACAGUCUUUAGGAGUCAGGAUGGCCGAAGACAUCAAGACUAAAAUCAAGAACUACAAAACCGCCCCCUUUGACAGCCGCUUCCCAAACCAGAACCAGACUAAGAACUGCUGGCAGAACUACCUGGACUUCCACCGCUGUGAGAAGGCAAUGACGGCAAAGGGCGGUGACGUCUCCGUGUGUGAGUGGUACCGGCGAGUGUACAAGUCCCUCUGCCCCGUCUCAUGGGUCUCAGCCUGGGAUGACCGCAUAGCAGAAGGCACAUUUCCUGGGAAGAUCUGACCUGGCUCCGCCCACCUCUCCUCUGCUCUUUGACCUUCUCCCUGAUAGAAAAGGGGGACCUCAGUAUAUGAUGGUCCCUACCCUGGGACCCUGAAUCAUGAUGCAACUACUAAUAAAAACUCACUGGAAAGGUUUCA